GUCGUUGGAUGAAAGCACAGAUGUCUAUAUAUCCUGCGGAUGAAAGAGAAAUGAAACAGGCCAUCUUCGUUGCGCAUCAUACGUCGAAGACGGAUAGAACGACAACACUUUCAGUUGCGUCAACGUCCGAGGUGCGGCCAUGAUGCUGAGUCAAGAGAAUUGACGCUCUAUUCAAUAUAUCUCUUCCACAUUCGAUGAACGGAGCAUUUAACGAGAAAACGGUUUUUGAUUACGCAGAACUUGCGAAUAACACUUCCAACAGAUUAGCUUUUGAUCUCUUGCAGAUCAGAUCUGCGUGCGACGGCGUGAGUUUGGAGAAUUUUGAAUUCGGGCCGAAACUUCGUUCGCGGUAUACAAUCGAGAAAGGGAUCUCAAACGCAGUCUAUUUCGUUUGCUUCGGGUGGAGUUUCGUACGAGAUAUUUUUGUAAAUUACCGUCGGACAAUACGUACGGACUUGAUUACGUUAAGAUCAAAAUGUCGAGUACAUCACAGAAGCACAGAAACUUUGUGGCCGAGCCGAUGGGGGACAAACCUGUGACCGAGCUCGCCGGUGUCGGGGAAGUUCUUGGAAAGAGAUUAGAAAACGCAGGCUUUGAUAAGGCAUACGUGGUUCUGGGGCAGUAUUUAGUGUUAAAGAAGAAUAAGGAAUUGUUUCAAGAAUGGAUGAAAGACGCCUGCUCGGCGAACGCGAAACAGUCGACAGAUUGUUAUCAAUGUCUCACUGAUUGGUGCGAAGAAUUUUUGUAAAGUAAUUGACGUAGACUUUCGACUUGAAUAUUCUUUUAAGAGUGCAAACUAUAAAAUUAACUAUUAUAACACAUACGCAAAAUGUAAAAUAUAUUUUAAUACUUAUACAUAUUUUAAAUAUCUUGCUUAUAGCUUCAAAUAGUAAACGUAAAGAGUAAAAUUUAUUUCUAUAAACUUGAUAAUUAUUAUUUUCGCGCAUUGCAUUUAAGAUUUGUAUUAUGGUUUAAACACAUUCGUUUCACGUUGCAUUCAUCACCAUCAGUUGAAUUUCCAACGAAAUCUUAUAUGCAUUAAUGAUAUAGUAAAUUAAUGAAAUUUGAAAUUUUUAUAUAUCAAGACGUAUUAUUAUAAGAAGAAUUGUUACACUUUAUCAUUAUAAACAUUUUAUCAUUACAAAAGAACGCGCAAUCUUAGAUAUAAGAACAUUGACAAACCUAAAAAUAUCAAUGUAUUUAUGUAGAUUGAACAAGAAAUAAAAGCAAGGUUUAUUCUCGAA